AUGGCGGCGGGAGGUGGCUCAGCUGAGCCAGACGACCAUGACAAGCUUCAAAGUCCGACCAAAACCCCACCGAAGCCAUCGAAGCCCGAGCCGACAGCAGACGAGUCCGGAGACGACGAAAGCGAAGACGAAGAGGAAGAGGAGCCACGCCUCAAGUAUGCCACCUUGACCAGGAACGUCAGUUCGAUAUAUCGUAAUGGCGACGCGACCAGUGCUUUCCACGUUGCAGGAGAUAAGAUGAUUGUAGGCACACAUAGCGGGAACAUCCAUGUCUUUGCUCUACCGUCGUUCAGUCCAGUACGCGUCUACCAUGCGCAUACGGCGAGCAUAUCUGCCAUCUCGAUAUCCCCUUACAAUCCCCAAAUCGUACCAUUCCGCUAUGACUCAGGAAGCAAGCCAGCCGCCGACUUAGGGUCGAUUAGAGACAAAUCACCAUCUAGCUCACCAGCACCUAAAGGGAAGCAACAGCAACCUGUCGUCCCAGAUAUACCUGCGAACCGGAUCUACAUCGCUACCUCUUCGAUUGACGGCAACGUCUGCAUUGCUUCGCUGGUCGACCCUCGAGAUGUUCAGCUGCGGAAUUUUGGAAGGCCGGUACAGACAGUGGCACUGUCACCCGAGUACAAGGCGGACAAAACGUAUCUGUCUGGAGGGCAAGCUGGCUCUUUGGUGCUGACUACGGGAGGGCAAGCCGGAAAGAGUGCCAAUGCCACCACCACGGGAGCUGCAGCCGCCGCUUCUGGCUGGUUGGGUUCCAUUGGCCUCGGAUCGAACACUGGAUCGGACAAGGUUUUGCACAGCGGUGAGGGCAUCAUCAGUACAAUCAAAUGGUCACUAUCAGGCAAAUACGUCCUCUGGGUGAAUGAACAUGGGAUCAAGAUCAUGCGAUCAAACCUCAAGCUUGAGAGUGGUGAAUCGGCCCAUGAAUGGAAACGCAUGAGCCAUAUUGACAGGCCGAAUCGGACUGACUGGGAAGACAUGGCUGGAGUGUGGAAAGCUCGCGCCGAGUGGAUCAAUCGCGACAACCUUGAGGCCGAGGAUGAUUCGAAUGUUGUGGCUCCUGAUGCUGCUAAUGGCACGGCUUCCAAGCCAGAAGUCGAGAGGCCCAAAGUUGAAGAAAUAUUGAUAGGUUGGGGCGACUCAGCAUGGCUCAUCAAAGUCUACCCUGGAUCACCCGACGCCGGAAAUGAUAACAAGAUUGGGCGCGCUGAAGUUGCUACGAUUAUACGAUUUGACGACUGUACAAUAUCUGGAAUUUCGCUUUAUACCCCCAGUUUACUUUUAGUCCUUGCAUAUAUGCAGAACAAGGGAAAUCGUUCGGCAUCACAAGAACCUGAAGGCGGCAAACGAGGCCGCCGAGCACGACAUAAUGCAUUAGAGCCAGAGCUACGCCUUGUUGAUAUUAAUACCAAGGAAGAAGUGGACACCGAUACUCUAACCGUGAGCAGGUUCGAGACUCUGUCUGCUUCAGACUAUCAUCUCGGGAUCCUUCCUCCUGUCCGUAUCCCAGCUGCUCUUGUACAGAAAGGAUAUCUUGGCGCUAUUGGAUCCGGAAUGACGACGGUCGGCUCCAGUCUCGUAACAGGCGUUGAGACUGUAGGGCAGGGCGUGUGGGAUGCAACCAUGUACGGGCCUCGCAUGUUAGGGGCUAAUCGCAUUUUUAGCGGAGCGGAGAGCAUUCGAAGUGGUAUCAGUGGCCCUGAUAGGACUGGCAGCACCAGAGAACGCAACUAUCUCACAGGCUGGAUCCCUGGGUUUGGCUCGAGCGAUGCAAACGCUAAGGAUGAGAUGAACACCAUCGCCACAGCACAAAGCAUGAAGAUAUUCAUCUACAGCCCGUAUGACUGUAUCGUUGCAAUCAAACGCAAUCUCAGCGACAGGGUGCAAUGGUUCGUACAAAAUGAGAAGUACCGUGAAGCAUGGGAACUGGUUGACCAGCACCCGGAAGCCGCAGGGACGCUCUCUGGAUCGUCCGAAUCGUCGGCACCUGCCAGUCCAUCCAAAGCGAGCUCUGUUGCCAGGUCUGGAUCUGCCGUUCCUUCAAGCCCCACGCAAGCACGUCAACAAGCAACACUUGCAGAGUUCUUCGCCGACUCCGCAUCAAGAACAAGCUCACCGCAAAACAAGCCCAAGGCAAGAUUCUCUGCUGCAGAGAAGGAGAAGCGUCGGAUCGGCGAGCUCUGGCUGAAACAGCUGGUGGAUGCCGCGAAGUGGGCUGAAGCUGGUGAAGUUGCUGCGAAAGUGCUCAAUACCACAACUCGCUGGGAGCAUUGGGCUUGGGUCUUCAUUAAAAGCAAGAAGUUUGACGAGAUAUCGCCUCACAUCCCGACCCUGGACUUAACACCCCCUCUUCCAUCCCCCAUAUUUGAGAUUAUUCUGGGUCACUACAUUGAAGUUGACCGACUUCGGUUCAAGGAGCUUCUCGAUGAGUGGCCUUCGGAUCUUUUCGAGAUUAGCAGUAUCACGACAGCAAUCCAAGACCAGUUGCGGGGUGGCGGCGCGCCCAGAGGCUCACAGGACUGGAGGCUUUUGCAAGAGAGUCUGGCCAAAUUGUACCUCGCCGACGGACAUUACGACGAUGCUCUCAGAUGCUACAUUACUCUGCAAGAUGCGGAUACUGCUCUAUCCCUAGUCAAGGACAAUCAUCUCAUCGACGCAAUCGCAGACGACAUUCCGAGCUUCGUGACACUCCGAGUCUCUCCAAGCCAACUCAAAUCGGCCUCACGAGCAGAACUGGAGGAAUUGGCAUCUGACCCGAUAAGGGUACUCGUCGACGAAGCCGCUGCUGGAGUAGUUGAGCCUGAUGAGGUUGUUGCGCAGCUCGAUCAACCCACGCUGAGGCCGUUCCUCUUCUUCUAUCUUCGAGCUCUUUGGCGGGGGGAAGGCACACAGGAAGAGCCUAGCCUGCCUCGUGUUGGCCACUCUGCUGUUGCAACGUCACUGGCAGCUGACACUGGGAAGCAGCAAGUUGAGCAGUUUGCAGAUACGGCUGUCGAUCUCUUCGCAGAGUACGAUCGCAAGCUGCUAAUGGAGUUUUUGCAAGCUUCUACGGCAUACACUUUCGAGAAUGCUGUGCAAGUAUGCGAAAAGAAGCAUUAUGUGGAGGAGCUGGUGUAUCUUCUGAGCAAGACUGGCCAAACGAAGAAAGCACUGUUCCUCAUCAUCGAUGAGCUCAAAGAUGUCUCAUCAGCCAUCACUUUCGCCAAAGAGCAAGAUGAUCAAAGUCUCUGGGAUGACUUCCUCGAGUACAGCAUGUCCAGACCAAGGUUUAUCUCAGGUCUACUGGCAGAAGUGGGCACGGCCAUCGACCCGAUCACCCUAGUGAAAAGAAUACCAUCGGGGCUCGAAGUGGAGGGCCUGAAAGACGGGCUCAAGAAGAUGAUCAGAGAGUACGAUCUGCAAGACAGCAUCAGUUCUGGUGUUGCAAGAGUGCUGAGCAGCGAGGUAGCCGUAGGGAUGGAGACCUUGAGAAGGGGCCGGAGGAGGGGCAUCAAAUUCGAGGUUGUACCCCCGCCUCCCAAGAUCAGGCGACCGCUCGAACAAACCACCAAUGGUACGGACGAAAAACGGACGGGCGAAGAGCAAGUUGAAGGCGAAGCUCAGAUCAAACCCGGACAUUGUGCCUCUUGCCACAAGACCUUCCACGAGAAUGAGAGCGAAACACUAGUCGGUUUCGCCUGUGGCCACGUUUACCACGUCUCACACCUCCUGCAUGGGCCGGAUGCAGAGGGAGAUGAAGUGCUUUUGCCCCGCAGUGCUACGCGUCAGGGCGAGGAAGACGACCUCGAAGUGGCCCGGUUCUCAAGAUCAAUAGGCUCCAAGGUCACCAACGCGCGUCUAUUGAAGGACAAAAUCCAGAAUGUGGGAGGUUGCACCAUCUGCAAGGGAGCGAGGGAAAAGAUGGAGGAGGUUGGUGGAUGA